AAAAGCAAAACGCAAAACCCCACUCUAUCAAGUAAGUUACUCUGAACGAAUCACUCUCUCUCUUUGUUUCUUCCUCUUCCGCUCGCACUCUCGUAUUUCAAAUCUAGGGUUUCCACUGCGUCUAGGGUUCUCUCGCUCCGCAACCACCAAUGGCGGCAAUCGCGGCUCCCCAGCACCGAUCCUCGAAGACGGAGUCCUACGUGGACAACAAGCGCAAGGAGGACAUCCGCCACGCAAACAUCGUGGCCGCGCGCUCCGUCGCCAACGCCGUGCGCACCAGCCUUGGCCCCAAGGGCAUGGACAAGAUGAUCUCCACCUCCUCCGACGAGGUCAUCAUCACCAACGACGGCGCCACCAUCCUCAACAAGAUGCAGGUCCUCCAGCCCGCCGCCAAGAUGCUCGUCGAGCUCUCCAAGUCGCAGGACUCCGCCGCCGGCGACGGCACCACUACCGUCGUCGUCAUCGCCGGCGCGCUGCUCGAGCAGUGCCUCCUCCUCCUCUCCCACGGCAUCCACCCCACCGUCGUCUCCGAUUCCCUCCACAAGGCCGCCGUCAAGGCUGUGGACGUCCUCACCGCCAUGGCCGUCCCGGUGGAGCUCUCCGACCGCGAAUCCCUCGUCAAGUCCGCCUCCACCUCCCUCAACAGCAAGGUCGUCAGCCAAUACUCCACGCUUCUCGCGCCUCUCGCCGUCGACGCCGUGCUCUCCGUCGUUGACGCCGCCAAGCCGGACAUGGUCGACCUCCGCGACGUCAAGAUCGUUAAGAAGCUCGGCGGCACCGUCGACGACACCGAGCUCGUCAAGGGCCUCGUCUUCGACAAGAAGGUCAGCCAUGCCGCCGGCGGCCCCACCCGCAUGGAGAACGCCAAGAUCGCCGUCAUCCAGUUCCAGAUUUCUCCGCCCAAAACCGACAUUGAACAAAGCAUUGUGGUGAGUGAUUACUCUCAGAUGGAUAGGAUUCUCAAAGAAGAGCGUAGUUAUAUUCUCAGCAUGAUUAAGAAGAUCAAGGCCACUGGUUGCAAUGUGUUGUUGAUUCAAAAGAGCAUUCUUAGGGAUGCUGUCACUGAUUUGUCCCUGCAUUACCUUGCAAAAGCUAAGAUUUUAGUGAUUAAGGAUGUGGAGAGGGAUGAGAUUGAGUUCAUUACCAAGACCCUGAAUUGUUUGCCCAUUGCCAACAUUGAGCAUUUUCGUGCUGAGAAGUUGGGUUAUGCUGAUCUUGUGGAAGAGCUUUCGCUUGGGGAUGGUAAGGUUGUGAAGAUUACUGGGAUCAAGGACAUGGGGAAGACCACAACUGUGCUUGUUCGUGGCUCGAAUCAGCUUGUGCUCGAUGAGGCGGAGCGGAGUCUGCAUGAUGCUUUGUGUGUUGUUAGGUGUUUGGUUGCCAAGAGGUUUCUCAUUGCCGGUGGUGGGGCCCCGGAGAUUGAGCUUUCCAGGCAGCUGGGUGCCUGGGCUAAGGUGUUGCAUGGGAUGGAGGGUUACUGUGUGAGGGCAUUUGCUGAGGCACUUGAAGUUAUUCCUUAUACUUUGGCGGAGAAUGCUGGUUUGAACCCCAUUGCCAUUGUUACUGAGCUGAGGAAUCGUCAUGCGCAGGGUGAGAUAAAUGCUGGAAUCAAUGUGAGGAAGGGUCAGAUUACGAACAUCUUGGAGGAGAAUGUGGUGCAGCCACUGCUGGUGAGCACGAGUGCGAUCACCUUGGCAACUGAGUGUGUGCGGAUGAUUUUGAAGAUUGAUGAUAUUGUAACUGUGAGGUAGAGUUGAUUGAACAGUAGUGAGACAUUUGGAGAGAUACAAUCAUCUAUUAUCUUUUUUCUUUCGUGCUUUUGUUUUACGUUGGUAGUUUAUGUUCAUUCUGGCGACAUUGGUUAUAAGUUAUUUUGACUUGGCUGCUACUGUUGUUUACAAUUUUGAAUGUCCUUGUGGAUUGUGAUGCUUGCUCAAAUCAUCAGAAGGCUUCUUUAUGUGUGUUGGGAGUUUAUCAAUAGUGGAUAAUUUUUCUGAGCACCACUGCUAA